UUCCAAAAUGUCCAAGUUGGGAAUUUUCGUUCUUCUCUUUGUGGCAAUGGCCGCCGCUGGGCCUUCCCCAGUUCUGGACCACUUUCUUGGGAAGAAGCACGGGCUGUUUGGCGGUUUUCUCGGAGGCGGUGAAGGCGGCGGGCACCACGGCGGUGGCGGCGGCGGACACCACGAAGUCGGCCACGAAGUAGGCCACGGUGGCGGUGGUGGUUCUGCAGCUGCUGCAAGUUCUGCAGCCGCUACUGGACACGGUGAAGCCCAGUCUCAAUCGGCUUCGUUCUCAGUCGGCGAUUUUUCAGCCAGUUUCAGCGCCAGCUCAGCAAACGGAGGCGGUCAUGGAGGCGACGAUAAAGCGUUUGACUUCUUUGAUUACUAGUCUCUUCGUCAUCGAUUCAAAUGUAAAUUGUUAAUUUAUUCAAAUUUGUUUUUUUCUUCUCAUCUAAAUAAAGUUCCUUUUUUAUAAUC